UUACUUUUGGUUCACACCCCUGGCUGUAUUGCUAUGACAGGGAGGGAUAGAGAGAGAGAGAGGGAGAGAAAGAGAGAGAGAGAGAAUGUGUGAGAGUGGGGAGGGUUAGUGAGUAUAAAACCCUCAGUCUGAGAAAACGCCUCUGCAAACAUACCCUGUCUCUCCACCUCUCCUCUACAUCUGCUGCGCUCUCUCUCUCUCUCUCUUUCACUCGCUGUCCUUCACUCUCAUGCGCACACUCACUCGCUCACUUCACCCUCUCUUUCUCUUUGCUGCCUCUGCCAUCCCUCAUUCUUUUCAUUAUCAUGUGCAAUUCCCUCUACCAGGCAAUGGGAUCAACUUUUUGGAAGAGCGUGUGAGUGCAUGUGCAUGCAUGUGUGUGUAUGUAUGUGUGGACUGAGUGUGUGAGCGAGCGGAUGUGGGAUCUGUGUGAGACCUCUCUCCUGCCAGCCCAACGCAUCCAGUGAGCCAGCUAAGCAAACCAGACGUGAACGGAGCUGGGCAACUGUGCGAGAGUUUGUGUAUGUGGGUCUCUUUCUCCCUCACGCACUCCUCCAAUCACCUGGGAUCCUAGGGUUUGUCGCCUAUCCCCCGGACCCCCUGCACCCCUCUAUCUAUCUGUCUCUCUCUGCGGGUCUCCUCUUCUUCAGCAGUCACCAUUUCGGCUCCCGGCAGACCCACGCUGGCUGCCCAGCCACUCCCGCGCCUCAGCCUGGGCAGGAAGACCCUGGUGGCGGCCGCCGUUGGGGUCAUGCUGGUGCUGGUGCUGGUGGUGCUAAUCCCCGUGCUGGUCAGCUCCGUGAGCAAUGACAACAGCCACUACGAGAUGCUGGGUACCUGUCGAAUGGUGUGCGACCCUUACCAGAACAAGGGCACCACCACGGGCAUCACCAGCACAGGCUCUUCUGUGCAGGCCGAGGCCGAGGCUUUGGCCGACCACAGCAACAUGCCUCCACCCUCCACGCUCCUCCAGGGGCCACAGGGGAAGCCGGGCCGGCCGGGCAAACCCGGACCUCCGGGGCCACCGGGGGAGCCAGGGCCCCCGGGUCCGAUGGGGCCUCCGGGGGACAGGGGCCGAAGCGGGGUUUUGAGCCUGGGCGAUGACGGAGCUAUCAGCACAGUUACGUACAACACACACCCAAGAGUGGCUUUCUACGCUGGACUGAAGAAUCCGCACGAGGGCUAUGAGAUUCUCAAGUUUGAUGAUGUAGUCACCAACCUUGGCAACAAUUAUGAUGGCAGUGCAGGCAAGUUUAUCUGCAGUGUACCUGGCACGUAUUUCUUUAUCUACCACGUUCUGAUGAGAGGUGGUGAUGGAACCAGCAUGUGGGCUGACCUGUGCAAAAACGGACAGGUACGUGCCAGUGCGAUCGCUCAAGACGCUGAUCAGAACUAUGACUACGCCUCUAACAGUGUGAUCCUACAUCUAGACGCUGGUGAUGAAGUCUACAUCAAAUUGGAUGGUGGCAAAGCCCACGGGGGCAACAACAACAAAUACAGCACCUUCUCCGGCUUCAUUCUUUACGCUGACUGAACAAGUGAGAGGAGAGAAACAGAAGUGGCAAAGAGACGUACAGAAAAGAAAGAUGGAGCAUUUAUCAUCCCAAUUCUUUAUUUUACAAGAAUUUCUCCAUUGCUUUGACACAUACUUGAGUGCCAGUUUUCACAGCUGAAAAAGUUUCAUCCGACUGAAAUGACAGACUCAGUGGAACGAGAGUUCAGUAGAUUCACUUUGAAUCGCAUUGAUGAUGGAAGAAAGACAAGGAAAUAAACAAGUUAUCCAAUUGUGUUUUUCUCUCAUGUGUUGAAAAGACAGUUUGUCUUUCUUGUUUUAAGAUUUCAGGAGUGACUGGCAUAGAUCUCGUCCUUCUUCACUGUGUGUGUAAGACUCUCACCUGCAGAAAUCUAUUGUGAAAAAAAAUAUCCCUAAUCCUCCCCAACUGUGGAAGAAAUGAUGUUAAUUUGAUGGCUUGGGUUAAAAUCGAACAACUAAACAAAAAGUAAUGUAGUUAAUUAAUUACAAAGCUUGCGUGCGUUCGAUUUCUCUGUACUUCUACAUUGGGCAGAGCUCCCCCUGUUGGCUAUUGAUGGUCACUGGGUUUGUUUUGCAUUAUUUGGUAUGUGUUGUAAUCUGUUGGCACUGCAGUGCUUGAUAACCUUUGUGGGUGAAUGUUGCUCCUUACAAGUAUAUGAAACAACUGAACCUGCUACCAUAUUUCCAUGAAGUACUACCAAUGUCAAUUAGCACUAAACCCUAAACUCCCCUCUCUCGCAAUCUUUACCCCCUGCAUCCCUGAAGAAACAGUUGUGAUAUUUAGUACGACAGCACUUUUGCUGUUCCCAUCUGAGAAGUACAAGUCAUUUUACUUUUGAUUCAAAGAAAUAUUUGCAAGGUGGUGGGUAUGUGGGGAGAAAUAAAGGACAGAGAAAAGUCGAGGGGCUUCACCUGUCACUUAGUCAGCAGUGAGAAUAUUUAUGCGACAGUAUUUUAUUCUUAUUGGGCGAAUGAAUGUGUGCAAAUGAGAUUUAUUUGUGAGCGUGCAUGUGCGUAUGUGUGUGCGUGUGUGUAUCCAACACCAGAGCAUGAACUGUAUUUUGUCUUUGCCACAUUAUUGGUUUGACAAAUGUUCUAUACUUUAGCCAGUCAAUGAUGUGAUAUAGAGCCAAUGAGAUUGCAUCAGACACGUUUAGCUAAGCCUCUACAGAGAAGAUAUACAAGAAAUAACCAAGUUGUAAAUUAAAUAAAUCUAUGCUAUGUUUGUCAGUCCUACUCUAUCUUUUGGAAAUGUUGAAUAAAUUUAAAUAACAAAUGGGA